AGAGUAUCAUGGCUCAACCUCAACCCGCUUCGGCGGGUGACUCCUCUAUGUCCAACGGACCAUCACCGCCGCCUCAAGCAAUUUUGGACCCAGAUCGGACUUAUGCCAAAGAUCAACCACCCAACUUGCGCGAAGCCUUCACCAGCUUCUACCCCAAUGGCCUCCCCAACGUGUAUAAAAUGCUACAGACACCUGGUCCUGAGGGCGUCGUUCAAACGUAUGUCGAAGACUACCUCCCUGUGGGAUUCUACACCAGCCCCCCAGUCGACGCUGAAGCCGUCUUCUCUACCGCCAAUGGAUCGAACCCUUUUCGUUUCAUGGAGCAUCUCUUGCCUCAGCGUCGGGUUCACCUUUGGUCCAAAGAUGAAAUUCAAUCUGCUUGCAACUCACUCCGCAGGCUCUACUGGCAAGUCAUAAAAGACAUGCCGCAGCCCUAUUGCUGGGAUAGUCUGUGGACGUAUUUUGACGCCCAAGACAUUUACCAUUAUGGAGCUUUGAACCUUUGGAAUGUGGUUAACCAGCUUUUUUCUGAAAACAAGAUCAUCGCGCUGGACGUCUCGAAUGCCUUCGCCAUCGAAGUUGGCCAAUGGGUUGAGGACUGGCUGUACAACGACGAGAACCGUGACAAACUUAUCAAUAGCACUGAGACUGGUCUCUCUAUCAAUGGUGUGAUCGGUUGGGAAGUCAUGAAAGACCUUCCGGAUGAAGCCCUCCUUCUUAUCGCAAGUGCCCUUGAGCAUCGACGAUCUCUGUUACUAUCACCCGAGAAAUUAAGGCCUGGUGCGGUGAAGCCUAAUCACUUGUUGGAGUUUUACGAAAAGAAACGCCUCGAAAACUGGUUAGCUGGCCAACGCGUCCUCGGACCUUCAGGUCUGUCUACGAGACCAACAGAAUGGCAGCCUCACCAUGUCUCCCCGGCUUCAAAGAAAGCCACUCACCCAUUUAUGACGAUUGAUGGUAAACACUACUUCAGUCGGCCUGAAUGGCGUGUGUCCAGUGCUGUAGAAGCGCUCCACCAAUCCGCAGCAGCAGCAGGGCCUGCCGCCCACGGCCACAGCGAGACAACCUCGAUUGAACAAAACCAGGCCAACGACACUACCACUUACGGUGGUCUCCGAGUUUCGGCUCAGGCCAGAAGCAAAUCCACAGAGCCUUUUCCUUCAGUCCGGACACCACCCCCCCACACUAAUGGCCAGGAAAAUGAUGACGAGCCCGCUUCCUCUCCCAACGGACACCAUGAACAGGAGGAGCAAGAGGACUUUGAUGCACUGACCCCCACGAGAGUAAGACGACAUGGUCGCAAAAAUCCCCGGGCCACACGGGGAGCUCGAAAGUCCACAGUGACAACAUCAUUGCCAGGCUCAGCAGUCAUGGGUUCCUCAAGUCUUGCUAGUCCUACAAAAGAUGUUGCGAAUGCUCAACAGGCCCAGGCUACUUCGAGUCGUUCAAAGGACCAGAUCGCUGAAAAUAACAUCAGAGGUGCAGAAUUACAGUUGAGCACCAAUGAUAAACCUAAGAACAGCCAGCGACCGAACCGAGCUUUUGAUCAGCCAGUGGCUCACGAUCAGAAAGAAACGAAGUAUCCUGGAAAUAUGAAUACAUUCAAUCACAUGCAAAGACCUGAUGUAGGCUUUCAAAACAGUGUGCUGUCUAGUGGGCUCCCUGAGGAUAUGAUGCGUUCUGAGCAAAUCGCGAUGCAGACUCCUCCCGGGGCAACUUUUAACUCCUCAGAAACUUUUAACGCUGUCACUCAAGGAAACUAUUCUGUACAUCCUCAACAGAACUUCCCAGUUCAAAAUGGAUUUGACUAUGGUUUUCCACAUGUUCAGCAGCCACCGCCGCCUCAAAGGGGUCCAUUGCCCAGCCGUGGUAGAAAUACCAGCAACUCUUCCCGCAACGAUCGUUUUGAUUCAAAUGACAGCCGAUGGUCGCACCAAAACCAUGAAAAUCUCAACGGUGGGAAUGCUGGAUUGGGUCGAGGAGGUUUCCAACGCGGAGGGGGUCGUAAAAAUCGCCGUGGUGGCCACAACCAACGAAAUGCGACUGCGCCUGUCGCGCAACCUCAUACCGGCCCUGAUUUCAAUCAGAAGAGGCGCGAUGCACCACCGUGGAAGGAUUCAUGGCGUCGGGAUCAAGUUACUUGUCAGAACGUUCAGGAUGGUUUCACGAUCAAAGGGUAUGUACCUUGCUCUUGCCAGAUCUGCGAUUCUCGUAACCGCUCCGUAUACAUCAUUGUCGAAGGCUAUCAAAGGAUCCAUGGAGCAGACGUACUCACACGGCUCAAAUACGGCCUGGCUGAGAGAUAUGGGCAUGUGGAGGAGGUGUUCCCCAUCGCGUCCAAGGAACCAGGACGUUAUAUUGCCCGAUUUGCAGACUCCUCGUCAGUUGGUCAAGCCCUGACUAUUGGCGGCGGUAACAUGCCUGAGCAAGGCAUAUCUGUUAAAUUCUCUCCAGCUUUGCGAUCAAAAUGGACACUCUCGGAGCAAGCACCCACUCGACCAGUCCCAGGUCGAGUUGCUGGUCAAAAUGCUCCCGCUGUGCCAUUCUCUCCUUAUCCCUUUGGCCCAUCGAUGCCAAGCAAUGCGCCAAGUACUGCAGCAGUUCCUUACAUGAUGCCUGGCAUCAUUCAUCCGGCUGUGGUCAACCCUGGGCAAGCACAUAACACCCAUUUCUGGCAAGCCAGCGGAGGGCAACGUUCUGUGUCUGGGUUUGUACAGCCUCCUGCCUCUGGUAUUCCAUCUACAAUUGUGCAGCCCGGAUCCAACCUACAACCGUUCUUCCCUGGACAGCCAACUCUUGCCCCAAGACAACUUCCUGUCCCCCCUCCCGUCCAGCAGGACCAGGAAAACAUAUCCUCUUAUGAGGUACUACAGACCAAACCUCCGUCCGAAGAAGCUUUGGAUGAAAUCCAACACCCUGAUCAAGAUGACCCAGCUAGCCCGCGAAGUGACGGAAGCAAGUGUACUGGGAUCAAAGCUCGCGUCUCCUUGCCCAGCACCCCCACGAAAGCUUCCCUUAUCCCCCAAGGAACACCAACGCAGCCAAAUGAAACAGUAGAAGGGGUUGCGGGUAUUGAUACGGCAACACAUCAUCAGAAUGGGACGCCCGUGAACUCGCUUGAGAGCCGGGCAGAAGCAAAGAUGACAUUUGGCCAUCAAGCUAAACUAGUGUCUGAACCAACCGGUAACAAGAACAGUCACAGUCGUACAUCAAGCAUCUUUUCUGAGAAUGAGAUCAAAGAGAGACGAAAAGCGUGGGCUAAAAUUCCUAUGCCUAUAAAUCUCCGUAGGCCUCGGUCGGCUACUCCAAUCAAACCUAGCAGCAUCGCCAUUGAGAACGGUCGCAACUUGGGGGUUGGAAAGAGCGACAAUCGCGAACCUAAUGCUACUAAGUCGGAGAAGCCAAUCUCAGCCCAGAAUGUAACUUCUGAUCCGGGUACCGGCGAUGCUCACGAGCCAUCUACGUCUGAGAACCCCGAGUCUAAGUUUCCAUUGCCGCAUGCGCCAAAAGAUCCGUCUGCUGCUCGCUCAACCAGGUCAACAAGAGAAGAUGCUACCGAAUCACAGAAAGCCACCAAAGAUGAAGCACAUCCAUCUGAGAUACCUGCAGCCUCUCCUAUGACUGAAAAUGUCACAUCUAAGGUUGAACAAUCACUUGAGCAAGAAGAUAACUCGGGCACGCUACCAAGAGGUAAAGGAAAGAAUGCGAAGAAGGCCAAGAAAAAGAAAUCGAAGCAGAUCAUGGCAUCUCAGGGCAUCGUAUCCAAUCACACCUUUCAACAAAACCAGUCCUCCUCUUCUCCUCAAUCCAGCCACAUGGCACCUCAGCAUAUGCAUGGUGGCAGCGGAGGGUUGGGGUUUAAUACAGACUAUGGAGGUUAUAUCGGAAGUCAGGAAUCAGGUUCAUCUUCGCCUAUCAAGCGACAUCACGAUGGGCCUGAACAGCCUUCUGUAUCUGGUUCUGCUAAGCGAAGUAAGAAGCAUGGAAACAGCCACGAACCUACUCAGCACCAGCCUCAACUCCAACCUUCAUUUGACGAAUCAGAUUCUCCCGAUGAGGAUGAACGCGGCCGUCGGGGAUUCAGAAUGGGUAGAGGAGGUUCACUUCGCCUUGGCAAGCAACGUCGACCUCGUCCUAUGAUUCCUGGCGCAAUGCUUGCAGAACAACAAUUCAAUGCUCAAGAGCCACCUCCUUCGUCUGGUUUUGCUUUUCAAUGCCAGAGCCUUCCUAAAUCUGAUAACUCGCAGAACUGGCGUGAUAACGAAAAUGGCGCAAGAAGCCGUCUCAAUCCCGAGGCCCGAGAGUUUGUGUCUCCAUCGAGAACAGCCUCUAUCAACAAAGGACCAGUUGCCCAUCUCGGCAGUGGUGAAGCAUCGGGUGGUGGCACAGUGAAUGAAUCAGCUGCCCAGCUUGACCAAACAGAUGAAUCGAUCCGAGAGGCCCUCAAGACCGGGCUCGAUUACGCAUGCGACACACCUUUGCAGAAUGAGAAAGCCCCCUCCGCCACAACUAGCCAGACCCCUCAACGUCGUCGAGCCACUUCAGAAGUGGUCCAAAAAGAGACUCCUAGAAAGGAGAAGGGGCCUGCUCAUCAAGGAGAGGGAAAGAAGACUCCGGCGAAAAUUUCGAAACGAGGCAAAGGCAAGGAGAGGGUAGUGACAAUGAGUGCGAAGGCCGACAAGGCUGAAGCAAAGGGUGAGAAAGCUCAAGACAUGCCUCAAACCCCUGAGAAUCAAGGAGGAAAAGUCAAGAAGCCUGGCCUGAUCGACGAUGACUGGCCAUCACUUCCAGCCUCUCGGGAACGGGCGCAGUCUAAGCCACAGACACCAUUGAUUUGGGGUGGAAAGACGAAAUCUACCCAAGAUAACGGUGGACUCGGAGAAGGAUCUCCUGUCACGAAGAACUAAACUGGGACAAGGUGACCGGGAACACAUCAGGAAGAACGGAGAGAGGCAUGAGGAGACAUGAAUCGAGGAAUGAUCCAUGAAUUUCUUUUGGUACUGUGCGCUCUACUUGACAUCAAGUCAGUAGAAGAGAAAGAAAGAAAAAAGGAUGGAUAGGGGGCAGGGUAGUGGAUUUCGAGGGCUUGUAUUGCGCAUGGACAAGUUGGAUUGUCCAUUGAAAUAGUUUGCCACAUCUGGUCUGCUAUUGUGCACGUCAUCAUAGUAUCAGGUUAGGGGAUUAGAAAAAAGUGCGAUUUAAGCAAGG